CACUUCCUUGCUUUUUCUAGCCAUGGAUGUUUCUGGUCAGAGUGGGUUUAGGAUGCUGAUCAGGCUAUUGACAGAAAGAAUGUUCAAACAUCUUCGAAAAUGGUUUGUCGCUCACUGCUUUGGGCAUUCUCAGCAAAGAAGAACAAGACUAGUCUCCAAAGAUGGAAGGUGCAACAUAGAGUUUGGCAAUGUGGAUGCACAGUCAAGAUUUAUAUUCUUUGUGGACAUCUGGACAACAGUGCUUGACCUCAAAUGGAGAUACAAAAUGACUGUUUUCAUUACAGCCUUUUUGGGGAGUUGGUUCCUCUUUGGUCUCCUAUGGUACGUUGUAGCUUAUGUUCACAAAGACCUCCCAGAGUUCCAUCCUGCUGACAACCACACUCCUUGUGUAGAGAACAUUAAUGGCAUGACCUCAGCUUUUUUGUUUUCUCUGGAAACUCAAGUGACCAUAGGAUAUGGAUUCAGGUGUGUGACAGAACAAUGUGCCACUGCCAUUUUUCUGCUUAUCUUCCAGUCUAUUCUUGGAGUUAUCAUCAAUUCUUUCAUGUGUGGUGCCAUCUUAGCCAAGAUCUCCAGAAGUAAAAAACGUGCCAAGACCAUUACAUUCAGCAAGAAUGCAGUGAUCAGCAAGCGGGGUGGGAAGCUGUGCCUCCUCAUCCGAGUGGCUAAUCUUAGGAAGAGUCUUCUUAUUGGCAGUCACAUAUAUGGGAAACUCCUGAAGACCACAGUCACCCCUGAAGGAGAGACCAUUAUUUUGGACCAGACUAAUAUCAACUUCGUAGUUGAUGCUGGCAAUGAAAAUUUGUUCUUCAUCUCCCCACUGACAAUCUACCAUGUCAUUGAUCACAAUAGCCCCUUCUUCCACAUGGCAGCAGAAACACUUUCCCAGCAGGACUUUGAAUUAGUGGUCUUUUUAGAUGGCACAGUGGAAUCAACGAGUGCUACCUGCCAAGUCCGGACAUCCUAUAUUCCAGAAGAGGUGCUUUGGGGCUACCGUUUUGUGCCCAUAGUAUCCAAGACCAAGGAAGGGAAAUACCGAGUGGAUUUUCAUAACUUUAGCAAGACAGUGGAAGUGGAGACCCCACACUGUGCUAUGUGCCUUUAUAAUGAGAAAGCUGCCAGAGCUAAGAUGAAGAGAGGCUAUGACAACCCCAACUUUAUCUUGUCAGAAGUUGAUGAAACUGAUGACACCAAAAUGUAGCAGUGGCUUUUCAGCAUUGUGAAGUCUUGCAGGUACCUAGUGGCUAGCAGCAUUAUGAAGCAUGUGAAAAUAAGAUGAGAGCCUGCUAAGUCUAUCAGCACAGUGACCCUGAACCCCAUAACUGUGACACUUAGCUCUACAAGGCUACCGUAUUAGCGUAUGCAAUGCAUUUAUAUGAGAAUGGCAUAUGGAAGCUACAGGAGCUAACUUGGAAUUUUGAAUAUGAUUAUUUGAGGUCAUGGAAUAUUAAUGGGAACAGACAAAAUCAUCAAAAGUCUCAUGGAGGGGCCAAAGGAGAUAUUUUUUAAAGUCUCCUUAGAGAGUUUUGGAGCUUUAGACAGGAUCAGG